CAGAAUCCUAGGGGUGAUGGUGAUGAUAGUCACAUUAUUAAUGAUAUGUAUGAUUUUUAUUGUCUAUAUUUUUUCAUGACUAUUAUAUAUUCAUGACCGUACUUUUCAUAUAAAAAUGGUUGCACAGCCACCAAGACGUUUGAAUACAAAAAUACUACUUCAUACUAGAAUGAAUAUGCUGCAUGAUAAUUCAUCUGGUAUUUAUGUAGAUCCCGAUUUCCAAAGUAACAAAUUUAUGAUGAAUGCAAAUCUUGCGGACGCCAACAUGAAUACCAAUAAUAAUGAUAUUGAUAAUAAUCAUAAUCCAUUUUACAAAUUAUUUAAACACUUUCCAAAUUGCACUUCAAUCAAUGGAUUAAAUUCUAUCUCUACAAAUGAUAUUAUGCCUAGUGAGAAUAAUGUUAACAGUAAUAGUAACAGUAUUACCAGUCACGGGACAAGUGCAUUUAGAACACCUUCACCAAUUAUGGACUUUAUGAAAGAACAAUUCGGUAUUACACAAUCAUCACCGAAGCAAUCAUUGAACAAUUUUACAUUUCCUAAUGAUAUAUAUCAUCGAAACACUUCUAUUAUUAAUGAACAAAUUAAUACCCAGCUACAAAAUACGAAGAUGAAUAUUACAGAUUUGCAAUCAACAAUUCAAUUAGCUGGUAAAUUAGCUCAACAUUUUAUUGCACUAUCUAACAAUAAUAAUAAUAAUAACAAUAAUAAUAAUUCUAUGAAUUCAAAUUUUUCACUAAAAUCUAAUUCAACCGAUUCACAAUUAGGACAAUAUCAUCAUCAGCAGCGUCAACAAUCCUACGAAUUUCACCAACCUUCUUUACAGCGUCCGUAUAAUUGUCAACAGUUAAUUCCGUCAUUAGUCAAUUCGAAUCAUGAGAUGAAAUUAUCGAAUCUAAAUGAUACCUCAAAUAUACAAUCGUUAGAUCAAUUAACUGAAUUAUUGUUAUAUCAACAAUAUUAUCAAAAUAACAAUAAUAAUAAUAAGCAUAUUAUACCAGAAAUACAAUGUCAUAAUACUAGUACUACUACUAAUAAUGUUAAUAAAUUGAAUUAUAAUAUAAUAAAUAAUAAUUAUAAGGUAUCAUCAAUUCAUUUGGAAAAUCUCAAUCAAUUGGAUAAUUCACAUUUUGAUGAAACAAUUCAAUUUACACCGUUGCAAUCGUCACUUGAAGAAAGUGGUUGUAUUGAUCUUUCCUAUAAUGGAUCAAACAAAACAUCGACAAAUCAAAAUAAACAAACAUCACUAAUUCCUUCAAAUAACAUAGUGUCAAGUGAUACAUAUUCAAAUAAUAAUGUAAAUAAUAGUAUUGAUAAUAUUGAACAACAUGCAAGUGAAUCAAAUGAAUUGUCAAAAUCACUAAUUCAAAAAUCUAUUAAUGAACUACAACACUAUUCUAGUAUAUCCUCAUUUUUAACAUCAACACUAACUACAGGUACAAUGAUGAUGACAACACAAACUCCAACAACAAUAUCUCCAACUAGUUUCUCAACAAUGACAACAAUCCCUACUCAGGCAGAGAUUGAUUUUAAUUCAUUACCAUUUCCACUAAAUACAGAUAUUAAUUUAAGUAGUUAUCCUGGUACAAAUGAUUUUUUCUCAUCAUUAUUAAAGUUGAAAAUAUCGACUGCUGAUAAAUUGAAUGAAAUCUUUGUCAAUACCGCUACUGCUACUACUACUAGUAGUAGUAAUAAUAAUAGUAAUACUCAUAACCUAAAAAGCAACAAUAACAUCAAUGCUUCUGAUGAUAACCAUACAAAUCUAAGUAGUAUGGGUGAAGAAUACAGUCAUGAAUUACCAUAUGAUGAAUAUAUACAAAACCAAUAUAACACUAAUCAUACACUGAAUAGUAGUUGUAGUAACAGUGGUAGUGGAAUCAGUAAUAAAGGUCAUAGAAAUACAUCGAACAAAUCUCGCCAUCAUCAUCUUCAAGAGCAUAUGACAAAUGAUUUAACUAGAGCUAAAAAUCGUAAAUCAGGUUUUCAACCAGGUGUAACAGUUGGUUAUACGUAUGAUGCAUUUUUUAUCUCAGAUGGUCGAUCAAGAAAACGUGUAAAAAAUGCUCAUAUAAAACAGUCGAAAUUACAAAAACGUCAAUCGUAUCGUAGUAAUAAUGAUGAUACAUCAUUACAACUAAUUAGUCCACAAUCGAAUAUAACUAAUACGUCAAGAUCAUGUUCACUUGAUGAUUUAUCAAAUUGUACAAAUGAAGAACGAGUAAUAAAUAAUACACUGAAUAAUAAUUCAUCACAAUCUCAUCUAUCAUCUAUUACAUCCUCUUCAACUUCUUUAUUAGUUACAUUAAAUGAAACACAAACACAACGAUAUAGUUGUCCAGAUUGUGGUAAAAAUUAUGCAACAUCAUCAAAUUUGAGUCGACACAAACAAACACAUCGUAGUUUAGACAGUCAAUCAGCCAGAAAAUGUCCACAAUGCGGUAAGGCAUAUGUAUCUAUGCCAGCAUUAUCAAUGCAUUUAUUAACUCAUGAUUUGAAACACCAAUGUGAUAUUUGUGGUAAAGCAUUUAGUCGACCAUGGUUAUUACAAGGUCAUCGACGUGCACAUACAGGUGAAAAACCAUAUGGUUGUGCACAUUGUGGUCGUGCAUUUGCUGAUCGUUCUAAUCUACGAGCACAUAUGCAAACACACUCAGGUAUGAAGCAGUUCGAGUGUAAACAAUGUCAUAAAAAUUUUGCAUUGAAAUCCUAUUUAAAUAAACAUUUAGAAUCUGGUUGUAUGAAUAAAUCUGACUGGUCUGUUAUGAAUUCUUCAUUAACUUCUGAAGAGAAAUCUUAUUUCUCACCAGAGCCAUCAGAGAAAUUAUCGAAAAUGGAAUUUCACCAACAAUCUGAUUUAUCAUGGAGUGUAACUAAAUUAAUUAAUUGAUCAAUUACCCAAUAAUAAAGAUCAGUAAAAUUGUACUAAUAUUUUUCACUUCAUUGUUUGUUUUAUUCAUCACUAAAUGGAAUAUGAUCAUUUGUACUAUUGAUAGCAUCAAUUCUAUUAAUAGUAAUAUUGUAAGACAAGGUUUACCUUACAUAAUUUGAUUGAUUUUAAUUCUGUUUUUUUUUUAUCUAUUUUUGUUGUUGUUGCUUUCAAUCUUGAAUAAAUCACCCAUUUUAUUAAUAACUAAUCACAUAAUCAAUCCAGUCAUUUGAUUAGAAAUUUCGCCUUAUACAGUUCUACUUGUAAUACUAUAUAUAUUAACAUUAAAAAAAGACUGAUGGAAA